UCACGAAAGUCUAACAGCAUUGGCGCAAUGCGCACCGUCGCCGUUGCAUUAUAUUUGACGAAUCACCGCCAAAAGGUGUGUUGUUCGUUCCCUUUCCCUCGCUUCAUUUCCAUUUUCUCGCUCACUGUGUUCGUCCCCUUCCUCAAUGGCCUCUGAGAACCCCACCGUCGACGACUCCACCAACGGCUUCGCUCGCCCGGAGAUGUACACCGAGAACCUCGCCGGCACCGUCGACGCCUACGACCGCCACGUGUUCCUCUGCUACAAGAGCCACGUGUCCUGGCCGCCGCGAGUGGAGGCCUCCGACACCGAUCCUCUUACCAAGCGCGUCGCCGCCACGUGGAAAGCUCGCAAGAACGACAUGGCCCUCAAGACGAAAAUCACGGUGUGUGAGGCACGUGAGGAGGCUGGCUUCUCUGACGGUGAUGUGUUGAUUUUUCCCGAAAUGAUCAAAUACAGGGGUUUGGAGGAAUCAAAUGUUGAUAGCUUUUUUGAAGAUGUUUUGGUGAAUGGAAAACCAUGGACUGCUGGAGUACAAGAAGAAUUUACUGGUUCACAUGUUUAUGUAUGUGCUCAUGGAAGUCGUGAUGUGCGAUGUGGUGUAUGUGGGCCAGUUCUCAUUGAGAAACUUAAUGAGCAAAUUGAGCUUCGCGGCUUGAAGGAUCAGAUAUCUGUUACUGCUUGUUCUCAUGUUGGUGGGCACAAAUAUGCUGGGAAUGUAAUUAUAUACAGCCCAGGACCAGAUGGAAAAAUUAUGGGUCACUGGUAUGGCUAUGUUACUCCGAAUGAUGUUCCUGAAUUAUUGGACCAACAUAUUGCAAAGGGAGAAGUUAUAAAACGACUUUGGAGGGGCCAAAUGGGGCCAUCUGUUGUGGAAGUUAAGGGAGCAGAUGACGAGAAACUUGCUAGGGUGUUAAUGGGACUUUCUUGUUGCAGAAGUCCAAGUCUUGAGCAAAACAACGAAAUUGAAGAAACAACUGAAGCACAUGGAAAGAAAGGGAGCAAAAUCGGUUGCAAUUGGCCUGUAUUGCAGCAGCGUGAUAUUCUCACAGCUGUUGGUGUGCUUGGAGCUGUGGCAGUUGUUGCUGUUGCUUACAAACUCUACAGAAGAGCAGGUUAAGUUGUGCUCUGGAAUAUUUUAGGUUGCUUGGGAGUUUAUUAGCCUCAUUAUUUUUGUCGAGGUACAAUAAGAUCAAGAAAUAAUUACGAAAACCACUGCUGCGACUAAGUCAUAGAUAGACGCUUCCGUUUGUUGGUUGAAAGGAUACUUAAUUAGUCCAGCAAAAGAUGUAGUGAGGAAAAUUUUAUUGUCUUUUUUAAUCCAACACAACACGGUUAUGAUUGCAUACGCUGCCGAGUGUUC